UGCUUUUCGGGCUUCUGUUCUCUUCAGUCUCCGGGAUGCGGUGUCGGUGCGGUUCCCCGUCUCUCUACCUCUGAAAACACAGGACUUCUAUUUAUGAACAUCACAGCAACAAAGGUUAUGCAGUUUUGUGCCUGAGAGAGACUCUUCACCCUGCAACAAUCGGACUGAGGUUUCCAGUGAUGAUCAUUCUGUGAUUGCUUCUCAAUGGCUCAGAGGAAGAGGCCAGGGAUCAACAGCGGCAUGGCCACAGAGCCUCAUGCUCCAGCUCCACGCUCCUGUCCAGCCCCGUACCCUGACCCUGAGCACCCUGAGGAGGAGUACGAAGAGCACCAUGACCCCGAAGUGACCCAACACUCCUACCACAACCAAGAAGAGGCAGAUUUGACAGACAGCCGACCAACCACCCCCACCACCCCCGACCACGCCCACAGAGACUACCACAGUCAUCCGGACAGUCUGGACGGAGACUCCAGCUCAGACUAUGUCAAUAAUACAUCAGAUGAGGAAGAGGAUGACUUCGACGAGGGGCUUCCAGAGGAGGAUGAAGGUGUGACGUAUUAUAUUCGCUAUUGCCCCGAGGAUGACAGCUACCUGGAGGGAAUGGACUGCAAUGAUCCUGAAUAUGUACACCCUGAUGGUCGCAUGGAGCCACCUCCGGACACAGAUGAGUGCCAGGAAGCGGUAGAAGAAUGGGUGGAAGGAGAGGACGAUGCACAGGGUGAUGAAGAUGAUGAUGAGGAGGAUGAGGAUGAUGAUGAUGAUGAUGAUGAUGACGGAGAGGUACGUUGUGAAGUACUCGAGCAGGACUCUGAUCAGCAGCUUUAUGAUGGAAGACCUGAACCUGUCCUUGAUCACCAUCACCAUCAACACUAUACGGAUCCCCAUCAGGAGCAGCUUCCCCCUCCCAUUGAAGAUCAGGAGGUGAAGGAUGUUGAAGGCAGUGAAGGGUACUGUCCCGAUCAGGAGGAAGAACCACAGGUGGGACAAGAUAGAGAAGGAUAUGCAGGUGACUAUUAUGCAAAGGAGGACAAUGGGAACUCUGUGCGAGCUUCGCCAUACCGAGGACAUAAAGGCACGGAGGGGGAGACGGGAGAGGAGGCAGAGGAGGAUAUUGAUCAGAUAGUGGCCGAGAUUAAGAUGAGCAUGAGUAUGGGCAGUCUCAGCAGCGGCACUGAUCAGAGUCCAGAGGAACUGGCACCUGAUCCAGCACCGAGCGGGUACCAGCCCGAGACACGCUCCAAACCUGAACCCGCUCCUGCCCCGUUCCCUCAGCCUCACCGUCAUGAUGGCAGACCCAAAUCCCUGAAUAUCCCCCCUGCCAGGCACAAUCCUGAGCUCCAGAGGAACUUUAAGGUACGACCUCAUACGCCAGAGGACAGGCAGAGAUGGACGCAAGACCAAGUGAGAGAGCAGAUGUCUAAUGGCGCAGAACAGCCAAGGAAGCAGCAGCGCUCUGAUCUCAAUGGACCACUGGAGAACAACAAUGUCACUGAGCCAACAAAGAAGACAGCCUCGUUUCCCAGCUUUGUGGAUGUGCCGGGCCCCUGUGAGCCCGAGGACCUCAUUGAUGGGAUUAUCUUUGCCGCCAACUAUCUUGGCUCCACUCAGCUCCUGUCGGAGAGAAAUCCAUCCAAAAACAUCCGGAUGAUGCAGGCCCAGGAGGCAGUGAGCCGGGUCAAGAGGGUACAGAAGGCAGCCAAAAUCAAGAAAAAGGCGCAGAGCCCAGAGGGAGACGCUCAGACUUUGACGGAGGUGGAUCUUUUCAUCUCAACUCAAAGGAUCAAAGUGCUGAAUGCAGACACCCAGGAGACAAUGAUGGAUAAUGCUUUGCGCACCAUCUCAUACAUUGCUGACAUCGGGAACAUUGUGGUUCUGAUGGCAAGGCGCCGUAUGCCACGCACCGCCUCACAGGACUGCAUUGAGACGACCCCUGGAGCCCCUGAAGCCAAGAAGCAGUACAAAAUGAUAUGCCACGUCUUCGAGUCUGAGGAUGCCCAGCUCAUAGCACAGUCCAUUGGUCAGGCAUUCAGCGUGGCCUAUCAGGAAUUCCUGCGAGCCAAUGGGAUCAACCCAGAGGACCUGAGCCAGAAAGAGUACAGCGACAUCAUCAACACACAGGAGAUGUACAAUGAUGACCUCAUCCACUUCUCAAACUCUGACAACUGCAAAGAGCUGCAGCUGGAGAAGCAGAAGGGGGAGAUUCUGGGCAUAGUGAUUGUUGAGUCUGGCUGGGGCUCCAUCCUGCCCACAGUCAUCCUGGCCAACAUGAUGAAUGGAGGCCCUGCCGCCCGUUCUGGGAAGCUCAGCAUCGGUGACCAGAUCAUGUCAAUCAACAACACCAGCCUGGUGGGGCUUCCUCUCGCCACCUGUCAGGGAAUCAUCAAGGGCCUGAAAAAUCAGGUGCAGGUGAAGCUGAACAUUGUGAGCUGCCCUCCUGUGACCACAGUUCUCAUUAAGAGGCCAGACCUCAAGUACCAGCUGGGCUUCAGUGUGCAGAAUGGCAUUAUCUGCAGUUUGAUGCGAGGAGGGAUCGCGGAGAGAGGAGGUGUGCGGGUUGGUCAUCGUAUUAUUGAGAUAAAUGGCCAAAGUGUUGUGGCCACAGCACAUGAGAAGAUUGUCCAAGCUCUGUCCAAUUCUGUCGGUGAGAUCCACAUGAAGACUAUGCCAGCCGCCAUGUUUAGACUCUUAACUGGUCAGGAGACUCCUAUGUAUAUAUGAUGUGAGGUGGACUUGAGCUGGGCACUGGGACAUAUCUGAACGCAGCAGUCACCAUUCUCCUCUUUACCGUCACCAAAAAUAACUCCCAUCACUCCUGCUGUCUGCUAACGUUAAUUAAGAGGUAUGGUGUGUCAUUUCUGCAUAGUGUGGAUUCCUUUGAUUUGUUAUGGGCUGGUCAGAUGAAGAUGGAGAUGACGGAGUCGGCGCAUUUCAUAUCCUUUCUUCAUAAUGUAAGGGGUGGGCAGGGCUUUGUACAUUGGAUUUUGAUGCUACUCUUGUUUAAUUUAUUUACAAUUAUGUAGGUGUGGACAUUGUUGGAGAAACACGAGUUGGUUUUGUAAAUAUGUAAUCGUUCUAUCAAAAAUCAGAAAGGAAUGGAAAAGCCAGACAGAAGAGAAGUCCAGGCAGUAGAAGCCCAAAACGUGACCAUUCCAGAAUGUCUUAUAACACAUGAUACUGGACAUUAUGCUUGAACCAUUUCAGCCAUUUUACAAUCUAAAAUGAAUUCUACUGCACAAUGUACCAGUAACCAUCCGCUACAUAAAAAUACAGAACUCAGUGCAGCAAAUAAUUGUGGCAUGACAUGUUUUUGUUAACAUAUUCUUAAUAGAUAUAAUCCAGACUCACACUGCAAGACUGACUAGUAUCAGCAGGGACUUUAUUAGUCGUUCCACAUCGCCAGCCUUCAUCAGUGGAUAAAUGUCAUUUAGUGGGCAUUAAAGACAGUACAUUUUGAGAGUCGUUUUGUUUUUUACAUUCAAGCGAGCAACUCUUUUGUAAAUUUCCAUAUGUAAACAAUUUCUGGACUUCUCCCAUGCUGUAAUAAUCCAACAUUCUCUUGCCAUGCUGUAAAUGAAAUUCGUUUCAAACAAACACACACACACAUACACUUACAAAAACACUGUAUGAAAUGUAAGAGUUUAUUUUUUACGUGUGCUUUUUUGUGUAUGCCCAGCUGCAACUCAUUGGAGUCAGUGGUGAAUGUAAUAGUGUUGUUAAUAGUGCGUCCACUUCUUUUAAAUCAGUAUUAGAAUGUCUGUACAUAAGCGUUGAACCUUGUUUAGUACUGUGUCCAUGUAGGAAUCACCGUUAGUCCCAUUUUAUCUCUGUCAGGCUUUGGCCUUUGGGAAAACAAGAAGACACUGUGACCAAAAGCCUUACCGAGAGCUUUUGAAAAUGAAUUCAAAUAAAAAGUAAAAAAAGACAUGAAACAACUAAUAAUACAUGAACAUGAAUACCUGUCUGCAUGCAUCUUAAAUGACACUAUGGCAAAAUAACAAUAAAGUGUAACAUAAGCCCUUCA